UUUCCUCCUCGCACUCUCUCUCUCUCUCUCUCUAGCGCAGAACACCCGUGAUCACCCAUUAAAGGACAUCGUUCUCUCUGCAAAGUUCCAUCCUUUUUUGAGUAGUCUCUGUUUUCUUGAACUCUGCUGCCAUGGCCGUGGCAGAGCUGACCACACCCACUUGCACAAAACAGGGCCUUCGCUCUUCGGAGGUUUUCUACUUAUCUGCUGGCACUCCCAGUUUCCGUCGCCUGUCUUUCAGACCUCUCCGGCGAACCCACAGUUCAAGAAUCUCUUGCUCAGUCAAUCAAACUGCUCAAGCUCCAGUAGCAGUGCAAACCAAAGAUCCGAAGAGCAAUAAGCCUGAGUGCUUCGGUGUCUUUUGCCUCACUUACGAUCUCAAGGCUGAAGAAGAGACAAAAUCUUGGAAGAAACUAAUAAAUGUUGCAGUAUCUGGUGCUGCUGGAAUGAUUUCUAAUCAUCUGCUUUUCAAACUUGCAUCAGGUCAGGUUUUUGGUCCUGAUCAACCUGUUGCUUUAAAACUUUUGGGUUCAGAAAGGUCAUUCCAAGCUCUAGAAGGAGUUGCUAUGGAAUUGGAGGAUUCCUUGUUCCCAUUGUUGAGGGAAGUUCAGAUUGGCAUCGACCCUUAUGAGGUGUUCCAAGAUGUGGAAUGGGCUCUCCUAAUUGGAGCAAAGCCUCGAGGGCCUGGAAUGGAACGAGCUGAGUUACUAGACGUAAAUGGGCAGAUUUUUGCUGAGCAGGGAAAGGCUCUAAAUGCUGUUGCCUCGUGUAAUGUCAAAGUAAUUGUUGUAGGAAACCCCUGCAACACCAAUGCAUUAAUUUGCUUGAAAAAUGCUCCUAAUAUUCCUGCAAAAAACUUCCAUGCUUUAACACGUUUGGAUGAGAACCGUGCGAAAUGCCAGCUAGCACUCAAGGCAGGUGUAUUCUAUGAUAAGGUGUCAAAUGCAACCAUCUGGGGAAACCACUCGACAACUCAGGUGCCGGACUUUCUAAAUGCUAGAAUCAAUGGGCUUCCAGUCAAGGAGGUGAUCACAGAUCACAAGUGGCUAGAAGAGGAGUUCACUGACAAAGUCCAGAAGAGAGGUGGGGUGUUGAUUAAGAAGUGGGGAAGAUCUUCGGCUGCAUCAACUGCGGUGUCAAUUGCUGAUGCCAUAAAGUCUCUCGUCACUCCCACGCCUGAGGGUGAUUGGUUCUCUUCAGGGGUGUAUACUGAUGGAAAUCCUUAUGGCAUUGCUGAGGGCAUUGUAUUCAGCGUGCCAUGCAGAUCUAAGGGAGAUGGUGAUUAUGAGCUUGUGAAGGAUGUAAUAUUCGACGACUACCUCCUCAAGCGAAUAACCAAGACUGAAGCAGAGUUACUGGCAGAGAGGCGAUGUGUAGCUCACCUGAUUGGAGGGGGUGUUGCUUUUUGUGAUCUGCCGGAGGACACUAUGCUUCCUGGAGAAAUGUAAUUCCAUUCAUUCAUACCUGGCCUUUUCUUUUCCCUGGAGAAUCUGCAAAGAGCUGGUUGUUAACAAUAACAAGCUGUCGGGUUCGUUAUAAGCAUAUGUAAUUAGACGAAGGUUAAUAUUCAUGCGAAGUAUGGAGGAGAGAAGAAUGAACUAAUUGGGUGGAUAGCGUGGCUUCAUAUUCAAGAUUUGCACUAAAAAAUUUUGGCGGACAGUGGUGUACUACAGUGUAAGUUAACGCUUGUGCUUUCGAAAUUAUUUUCUCAGAUGCCAUGGCUGUGGAAUCUUUAUGCCUAUUGACUCCGUAUACUCAGUUGUAUCGUUGUACCAAUCUGUUGUGACAAACUCAUUGAACUUGAGAUGGCACGUUUAGCCAA